CAGUAGGUGAGUGAACACAGCCCGCCUCUCUCCCUCUGCUGUAGUAAGUGUGUGCGCUGCUGUCUGUCUUCCGACGCUCCAUUCUGUGAGAAACACACAGGAAACUUGUCUAAAAACACACAUGAUCGACAUUUAAACGUGAACUUUGGCACAUGAGACCUCGACUGUUGUUCCACAUCGAUCUUUUAACGGAAUACCGCCGAUAACGAUCCCAACCGCUGAGGGGAAAUCUGACUGAAGAUGGGUGUAAAGUCGCAGUUUGCACACUGAAGUUGGAUGGUAUUUUCCUAGUGGAAGUGAAAGAGAAGCGACGACUUGAGUCUUGGCGGGGGCGAUCGUGAGCUCCAGUGUCGCUCAUCCUCUGAGUUGAGCUAAGAUGAGCAUUACCAGUGAUGAAGUCAACUUCCUGGUCUACAGAUAUCUGCAGGAGUCAGGUUUCUCUCAUUCUGCAUUCACGUUUGGCAUUGAGAGUCACAUCAGUCAGUCGAACAUCAACGGGACUCUAGUGCCACCUGCUGCUCUCAUCUCCAUCCUGCAGAAAGGACUUCAGUAUGUGGAGGCCGAGAUCAGCAUCAACGAGGAUGGCACGGUGUUUGACGGUCGGCCGAUAGAGUCUCUGUCGCUCAUCGAUGCCGUGAUGCCAGACGUGGUUCACACCAGAAAGCAGGCGUUCAGAGACAAACUCGCCCAGCAACAGCAACAGCAGGCCGCCAGCUCCGCCAACUCGACAGCCGUUCAGUCCCACGCCACGAAGAACGGAGAAACCGCACUCAACGGAGACGAGAAUGGCACCCACGCCCUCAAUAACCAUGUGGAGGCCAUGGAGGUGGACGGUGAGGUCCAGAUUCCUGCCAGUAAAGCCACGGUGUUGCGGGGUCACGAGUCAGAGGUCUUCAUCUGUGCCUGGAACCCCGUCACUGACCUCUUGGCCUCAGGCUCUGGCGACUCGACGGCUCGCAUAUGGAACCUGAAUGAGAACAGCAACAGCGGCUCCACUCAGCUGGUCCUGCGGCACUGCAUCCGCGAGGGAGGACAGGACGUUCCCAGCAACAAGGACGUCACCUCAUUAGACUGGAACAGCGACGGCACUCUCUUAGCAACUGGAUCUUAUGACGGAUUUGCGAGAAUAUGGACAAAAGACGGUAAUCUGAGCAGCACACUCGGACAGCACAAAGGACCCAUAUUUGCACUGAAGUGGAACAAGAAAGGCAACAGCAUUCUGAGCGCUGGAGUCGAUAAGACGACAAUCAUUUGGGACGCACACACAGGUGAAGCCAAGCAGCAGUUCCCCUUUCAUUCUGCUCCAGCGCUGGACGUGGACUGGCAGAAUAACACCACCUUCGCCUCCUGCAGCACUGACAUGUGCAUACACGUGUGUCGCCUAGGAAGUGAGCGUCCGCUCAAGACCUUUCAAGGGCACACGAACGAAGUGAACGCCAUUAAAUGGGACCCGUCGGGAAUGCUGCUAGCUUCCUGUUCGGAUGACAUGACAUUAAAGAUCUGGAGUAUGAAGCACGAUUCAUGUGUUCACAACCUUCAAGCGCACAACAAAGAGAUCUACACCAUCAAAUGGAGCCCCACGGGCACCGGGAGCAACAGUCCCAACGCUAACAUCCUGCUAGCCAGUGCCUCUUUCGACUCGACGGUGCGAUUGUGGGACGUUGAUCGAGGCGUUUGCACCCACACGCUCACCAAACACCAGGAGCCCGUCUACAGCGUGGCCUUCAGUCCGGAUGGGAAGUUCCUGGCCAGCGGCUCCUUCGACAAAUGUGUUCACAUCUGGGACACAGUGAGCGGCGCGUUGGUGAACAGCUACAGAGGAACAGGAGGAAUAUUUGAGGUUUGCUGGAACAGUGUGGGAGAUAAAGUCGGAGCAAGUGCGUCAGAUGGAUCGGUCUGUGUUCUUGAUUUACGGAAAUAGCGUUCGGAGAAUCUCGGACGCAGAAUUGUGCAGCUAAAGUCUGAACUCGUUUCUUCCGUGGAGCCGGUCGAUCAAGAUCCGCGGCUGCUUCGGGAACAGAAUCUGAAUGUUGAAAACCAAAUUAGAGGGAAACGUCCACUAGAGAUGGUGCUGUUGAUCGACGCAGUGACACAGACGGCCACCAGGGGGCUGAAGAGCUGGAGACGUUUCGUUUGAAAGGUUUUAUCGCAUGUUUGUGUCGUUGAGCGGCACUGAUGUUCAUUGGGCAGCAGGAAACUGAUUUUUAACAACCUUUAAUUCAAGACGAGGCUUCACGUGUGCGAGAACCGUAAAUACUUCUGAUUGUUUUCCAAAUUUAGCGUGUAAUAUCGAGGUGAAUGAAGACGCCAACUGCCAAGUACUUGGGAAAAUAUUUUAUGAAUAUGUUUAAUUCUCAGAUAUUAAAUAUACAGGUGUAUAAUCUCCCCGCUGGAUGUACAUUUAAUGAAUGUAAAGAUGUAAAUGAGACCACAGAUUUUAUAAACUGUGUUUAUAUGUUUAUAAAGUAAUCAUUUUUUUUCUGAAA